UACAUCCAAUGAUUAUAAGUUUCUGACCCUUUUAUUUUUGAAAGAGCGAUUAUACUUUUUUAUAAAAUACUUGUAUGUUUAUUUCCAGAACUUAUAUGAAUUUUCAACAUUUUAAAAAACACUUAUGUCUAAUCAUGUCAAGCCACCGAAAUUGUUUUGACAGAAGAAGACAUCUAAAUCAUGAAAAGUUAAAAAAUUGUUUCAUUUUCUCGAAGCGGAGUAAAUAAAACCCAUGAAAGAGAAGUUUUUCGCCGAAUCGAUAAAUUUGUGAAAGAAAUAUUAUGUAUUACGGAAUAUUAUAGCAUACGGAUUAUUAUUGUGUCCAUAGUGUAAAUAAUUCCCAAAACAGAAGCUAUGUCUUCUGCAGACGAUGAAGAUAUGAUUUUAAAUUUAGAUAUUUUAGUAGAUGUUGAAAAAACGAUAAAACCUCCCGCGGAUAUUGAUGAUAGUGCAAUAAAUCCUGAAACAUUUGCUAAGAAAUGUGUAGUUUCUGCUACAGAAAAUGGAGAAAAAUAUUCCGAGAAUAAGUCAAUUUCAGUCAAAUGCAAUGACGUUGAAAUGAAAUCUCAAUUCGAUGUUAAAUCACCGUCUGAACGGAAAACUCAAAGCACUGUGCCAACAAAUGAGACUUUCUCAGAAAAAACAAGCAUUUUUGAUAAUUUUAUGCAUCCAUGUGUGCCAAAAAUUAAUUGCUCUGAAAAGAUUAUUUUCUGUUUGGAUAUGUCCUCAGAAAUGGAACAGAUACCUUUUAGACUAGGUGACGGAUCUCAAUAUUCACCUUUAAGUAUGGUUAAACGGACAAUUGAAUUAUUUGUUGAAAAUAAGCAUUUUAUUCAUAGAAAGCAUGAAUAUGCCUUGAUGGUUUUAUACGAAAGUGCUACAUGGGUUCGAGAAUUUACUAAUGAUCCAAAAGAAUUAAUAGAUUCUUUAGAAGAUUUAAAUGAAACACAAGAUUGUGUUAGUUGUGAUUUGUCUUCCAUCAUCACACUUUUAACAGAAAAAUAUGAAAUGGGACUUCCAAACAACUUACCUUUUGUGUCGCAUAUAUUCAGAGUGAUUUUAAUUUAUGGACGUUCUAAUUGUAUGAUACAUUUUUCUGAUGAAGAGGCUCAAGACUUUUUGAUGCAGUAUCCUUUUCUCUUUUUUGAUGUUGUAUAUAUUCAUGAGCCGCCAUCUGAAGAAAACAGGUGUCAGGAGAUAUUUGAAGCUCUUUGUGAUUUGGAUGAACAAAAUAAGUCAUAUAUAUUUGAAGUAACACGCAAUACAACGAAACUGCAUAACUGUAUGGCAAAAUUGCUGGCACAUUCUUUGCAGCGCUGUGCUCAAAAAGAUACGUUCUAUAAGAUUCGACUUCCCAUGUCAGAAGAGCUUGAUUGAAUAAUGUUUAAAAAUGUAGAUUACUUUGCAUAUAUAUUUAAAUUAGAUGAAUACUUAAAAUAAAACUUUUUUGAUUUUUA